UUAAAGAUGCGAUCAUGAUACAUUAAGAUUUAUGCAGAAUAUAACUUAGAUAUGAGUAUUGAUUUCAUUUGUUUCGGUUUGAAAUAGUUUAUUAAAAUUUUUGUCAGUGAUACAUCUCAGCAAGGAGAGUUCUUUAUGUACUUUCAUAACCAAAAUAAUUCAGUCUUGUGACUCAGGAGGGCAUAGCAUUCGGCAGUUAUGGGUGGAAAACCUUCCGUGUGCAUCCAGGUAAUUUGAAGCAUAACAAUCAGUUUAAUUUUCGUUCUUCAAAUAACUUGAGGGUUCUAAAAAUUAUGACUUCACAUCCAGACAAAAGUUUUUUUUAACUUUCAUGCCACAGGAAUAAAACUGCCUGUCUUCAGGAGAUCCUCAUGUUUGAGAGAUACGAUGACAUACCUUUUCUUCUACAUAGAAAAUUAGCGCUGUGCCUUCAACCUAAAUUAGAAAACAAAGGUGCGAUUUAAAUAUCGAGCAUCGAUUGCAUUUCCUUGAAGUUCUUUCUUUUGAUGUUUUUAUGCAGUUUACCCGUAAUGUUUUGGUAAAAAAUACUUGUUCUGUUAAAAAACAUCACGUGACCGUGGCAGCUGUUUGAGUCACAUGAUUGGCAGGUGGAAGAAGUAGAUGUUUACUUAGUUCUGUUUUACUGCAACAUUUUCCCCCACGUAAUAUCUGCAUGUUUCUUAAUUUUUUGCGUCUAAAUUUGAUUAUUUCUUCGUUUUACCGUUGUUAGAUUUCAUAUGUCUUCUAUUCAUUUUGUAAAGUAUAACUUUAAUUAAUUAGACUGAAGAGUUUCGACCGUUGUCUCAAUGUUGGAAUCCAUUUUGCUAAACUCAGAGCGUGGGCGUUGAUGGCAAUGUUUUCCAUUUAAAUCAUCCAAGUGAAUGCAAAUGUGCCUUAUUUAUUGGUCCGAAAGCUUGUGUCAUCAUAUCAUCAUUCCAGCGAGGUGUGUUUCAUUCCCUAGUUACUCGAUAAUAAAAGCGGCGUGAAAGAUCCUCGCUUUCGCCAACUAUGAAUUCUUCACCGAAAUAUAUUUCAGAUGAAAUUUUCGAGUUCAAAAAACAGGAAAAUCCUCGCUACCACAACGAUGUCAACACCAACAGCAACCUGAAGCAAAGUUUAACCGUCGGUACCUCUCCAUACCGUACAUCCUGUUUUUCGCAAAGUCGUGAUUCUCUCGAAUCGAACGGAAGUGUUUACGAAGCUGUGUCGAUCGGAGAGACCGGUUUUGGCGGGAGUUUCGGUCACGAUGAAACGGAUGGCAGUAUUUUUGGCGGGAAGUCUCAUUCCUUUGCGGCUGACGAUGCCCAGGUGGUUCCUGAUUUCAAUGACAUUUUAGAAACAAUUCAUGUUGACUUGGAUGAAAGUAAUACUCGAUCCCACGUACAGUUUAUCACCGAAUUCGAAUCUCCCACUGAUACUUGUGGUCUUCAACGUAGAAACUUUGACAGAUCGCUUCUUAAAAGGAGGAACUCUGAGCGUGACGAAUUGGAGAUUUAUUUUCCCUGUGUUCUAACACCGAUCCCCGUUGAUCGUCUGUACAGCACUCUUGUUGACGAUUCGACGGUAUUCAAGUUUCCAACAAGUUCGGAUGAAUUCUUACCCGAGCAUAGAGACAGUGGUGGCUUGGUAACUCAGGCACAAAGUUUCAGUCAUUCUGUUCCCAUGUCAGAAAGCAAGAAUAUUUUAGAAUCGUUUGGGAAUUUUAACGUGUUCUUAAAACCACACGGGAGUCAUGAACAGUUUGACCCAUCUGCUAAUAUGUUUGAGCUACCUACGGCGACUUUCAGGAUGAAAAAUCUUCCUGAUUCGUGUAAUUUGAUCCAGGAGAAAGAUUACAAUUUGGGGAGCGGAGAUUUCUGUCACGAAGGUAAUGGAUCACCACAUGUGGUUGAUAAGAAUACGCCGGUAUCACUGUCCGUCACUGGUGCAGAAAAUAACCACAAUCUUCAGAAGUCCCUAAAAAACACUUUUUUCUUGGAGGCGAUGAAUACAGUAGAUCGAAAUUACAUUUCGAGGGCUUCGAUGUCUCUUUCAGGGUGUCCAACCUUUUGUGAAACCUUACCAUUUCAGUUAAACUGUUCCAAGCUCAUCGAAAGCGUCACCAAAUUCCCGCCGACUUUGGGAGAGAAUACAGAUCAUUCUUUUAGUCGCAUUUUGUCAGAAGAAUGUUUUACAAACAGUUUUUUUGAUCACAACCCUGCAAAAGAACUUCCCUCGAAGAAGCAGUUACAAGUUAAAGGCAGCGACGAAGCUCUUCAACUUGCUCGUGCAGAGACUUUGAAUGUUAGCGAUGGAGUAUUUUCCAAACUGGACUCAAGUCUAUGCAGCGUGCAGGAUGACUUAUGGAAAAGCACGCAUAGACGAGAGCGGGAGCUGCAGCGUAAUCCAAAGAAAACUAACAUUGAAAUAAAGACAACUGCCUCUCCGAAUGCUAACCGUUCGGCGUUUUUUAUGGAAAAUAGUGAAAGACCGAAGGAAAGCCUCAGAUCGAAGCGUUUCAAAAAGAAAGGUAACCUUCAGGGAGAAACACGGGACCUUCACAACGAUAUGGAAAAACAGCGAAGAACUAAUAUGAAAACACGCUUUCAAAAUCUUCGCCUGACCUUGCCUGAAUUGAAAGACAAAGAGAAAGCUUCGAAAAUUGUCAUAUUGCAGAAGGCAUUCCAGUACAUUGUUCUGUUAGAACAGGAAUCGAUAGAGCUAGAAAACAGAAAAAGAGCCGAAAGGCAAAGAAAUAUAGAUCUUUUGGAAAAACUACAAAAAAUAACUUCAGGAGAUUAGUUGACGAAAAAUGUGUGAGGAUAAUUUGAUUUAACGUUUGACUUAAUAUCCAUUGUACUUUAUUGUAAACUUGAAAACAUUGAGCAGUUUGAUUGUUACUAGAAUGUUGUCAUCUCCCUCACCAUUUUGCUGAAAAAUGAUGAUUUUAAAAUAAUACGUCAGUCUACUUGAUCGCUUUAUUCGUGACUACUUUUUACAUUAUAUCCGUUCGCAAAGAUGUCGCUUCUCUUACGUCAUUUUUUCUUCUUUUUUUUUUUUCCUUUUAAUUGUACAUUAAUUCAACCAAUUCUCAUCGGUUAUGAGUUUCCACUCAAAGCAGAAAUAUAGCGUCAAGCACAUCAGUGAUGAGAAUAUAAAGAGGUGCUCCUAAGGGGAAAUUAUGUGAUUUAACUACCAAUUCUCCUAACUGUCAUUCCAAGGAUACGUAUCAUGAUAGCUUGGGAGAAGUUCUGUCCUAUGGCGAUGUCCAUGGUGUUUAAGUCUCAUGUAAGUCAACAUUUAGUUUUUCCUCCCUAAAACCUAAAGUUUUUGCUUGUCGUUGGAAGUUGUAUUACCAAGGCCUACUCUACUGAAAUUGUGAACUAACAAAAAGGAAGUAAAAGUUGUUGAGGCAAAAUAAAAAAG